UUAUUUGUUUUUGUUGUUAGAGGACAAUCAUAGAGGACAAUUAAUGUUUUUAUAUUAAUAAAAUCUAAUUAUGUGAUGCCAUUCAUAAUUGAUGUGAAAAACACACUUCUUAAAGAGCGAUAAGAACAGAAAUAUAAAAAUGCUUUUUGGUCAACGUGCAAAUCCAGCAGAAAAAUAGUUUUAGCAUAUUGGUAGAUAGAUUUUUAAGGACUGAUUUAACAAGGAUUUAACAAAUAUCACUUUGAAAAUGAGCCAAGACAGAGAUUCUUUGUUGAACAACGGGAGUAUAAACUCAAUUUCUAGUAACCAUUUCGAUAAUAUUGAAUCCCAUGCUGCAGAUAGUGGCAGUCAGGAUACACCUUCGUAUGCACCUCCAAAAAUAUUUAGGCAAUUAUUUGCUGGCUUUUCAGCUUGUUUAUCGGCAUUAAGUGCUGGUGUUGUACUAGGAUGGACAUCUCCAAUUUUAGAUUACCUCACCUCUGGAAAAUAUAAUGAUAUUCCAAUUGAUAAUAAUACAAUGGGAUGGAUAGGGUCCUUCGCAACAUUAGGUGCUAUGGCAAUGUGUAUUCCAGCAGGAUUUAUAUGUGAUCUCAUAGGUCGUAAAAAAGCAUUACUUGCUUUGAUGAUACCAUUCUUAUUGGGAUGGAGUCUUAUUAUUUUUGCCAGAACUAUUUUGGAACUAUAUUUUGGCAGGUUAAUAACUGGAAUGGCUGUUGGUGCUUGUUGUGUAGCAGCUCCCCUUUAUAAUGGUGAAAUUGCUCAUCAAGAUAUUAGAGGAAAACUAGGUAGUUUCUUUCAAUUAAUGAUAUGCACUGGCAUUUUUCUCGCUUAUUUAGUUGGAAAGUUUUUAUCUCCACAUCAGUUCACUCUGUUUUGUGCCAGCAUGCCUUUUGUAUUUUUGGUAUGUUUUGUGUUCCAACCAGAAUCACCAAAUUAUUUGAUGAAGAAGUUUCAGUAUGAAAAUGCAAGAAAGGCACUCUUAGUAUUAAGAGGGGAGAAUUAUAAUGUUGAUGAAGAAUUAUUACAGAUAGAAGGUCAUUUAAAGGAAUCCUCUCAGUCAGCUGUAUCUUUAAGAUCUAUAUUCUCAAAGAAGUCUGUGAAAGUAGCUAUAUUAAUAUCUUUUGGCUUAAUGGUGUUUCAACAAAUGACUGGUAUAAAUGCUAUUAUUUUGUAUUCCAGCAACAUGUUCAAAUCAGUUGGUGUACAUUUAGACCCAAAUCUAGGCACUAUAAUGAUUGGUUUGUUCCAAAUGAUAGCAACAUUUUUGGCUAGUUUAUUAAUUGAAAAACUGGGUAGAAAAUUGCUUCUGUUUAUUUCAAUGUCCACAGUUACAGUUUGCUGUGUGGUAAUUGCUAUAUAUUUAUCAGUUAAACCGCAUUUGGAUAAUGAAGAGCUUAAGGAAAUCAGCUUUUUACCAGUCACAGCUUUUUGUCUAUUCGUAAUAGCUUUCUCAUUUGGAAUUGGUCCAAUACCUUGGAUGAUUUCAUCCGAAAUAAUACCAACUGAAAUAAGAAGUAUGGUCAGUUCCACAGCUGGAACCCUUAACUGGUUUUUAGCUUUUAUGGUGACCAAAGUGUAUUUACUAGUCGCAGGUGAAGCAUGUAUAUUUUAUAUUUUUACCGUUUUUACAUUGUUAGGAACAAUAUUUGUUUUACUGGUUGUGCCUGAAACUAAAGGAAAAAGCAUAACACAAAUUCAAGAAGAACUAAAUAAUGUUUUUUAGAAUAUUUUGUUAUACCACUUGCUUUUGUAACUUAGGUGUUCAGUUCAUUUUAGUAAAUGUCUAUGUUUUCACCUAAGCUAGAACAAAUAGAUAUAAAAUCAAUGGUAAGUAUAUUAAAAAAAAAUGUAACUUGCCAUACUUUGCAAAAUGUGGCUUUUAAUGGUUGAUAAUGUGAUACUCAAAUUUUUUAUAAAAAAGUAAAUCUGUAUAUAUUGAUUUUGUUCAUUAGUCUAAUAUUUAUAUACUUCUUUAACUUUACACUUAUAGAAUUAUCCAACAAUUCAAAUCUAAAACAUUAUUUUCUUUAGCAGGCCUCCAUCAAUUUUUUUUUCAAAAAUACUGUGUCUCAAAAACAGUGUAGAAUUAACUUAGAAAUGAUGGUUGAUGACAUCUGGGGAUGACAUUUAUGUAAAAGUACCGUAUGAUCGAAAAAAAAACGGCGUCCAGUUGGCUGGGAAAUGAACAUCAAUGACAUUUCCCAUAUAAAUUUACAUAUAAAAUGAUAGCGAUCUUCAUUCCAUAGCCAUCGCUGAUGCCGUUUUUUCUCGAUCAUACGGUAUUUACUAAAUGUUAUCGAUCGUCAUUUGCAAGCUAACUUGAUAGUUUUUUUUUCGAUUAUACAGUAUAUAUCCUUAACUUAUAUUCUGUUGAUAAAUUUGUAUAUGUAUGCCCUUUCUUUAAUGAAUUAUUAAUAUUCGUACUUAUAUAUAAAACCUACUUAUUACUAGUUUGAAUUGUGAAAUAUGAAAAAUUUUGGAACAUAAGAAGUGGCUAAAAUGUUAUUAGUUUACAUAUAUGUACCUACCUAUUUAUAUAUUUAUUAAUAGUGAUUGAAAUUUUAAAAGAUUUAUUUUACAAUUUUAUAAUCUAAUCAAAUCUAUAUGUGGUGUUAAAAUAUAUUGAACUAUUAAAUAA